AUGAUAAACAAAAUAAAAUCAUCAGCUAUUUUUGAACGUGUUCAACAAGAAACUACAACAGCUCGUCUUUUUCUAAAAAAAUUUCUUCGCGAUUGGUCAUUGAAUCUUGCAGCAAUGCUUGCAUAUAAUUUAUUAAUUUCUCUUCUUCCCAUGGCUAUAGCAUUAUUUGGAAUAUUAGGUGUAGUUUUAAGAAACUAUCCUCAAGUACAACAAGAAAUUAAAGAUAGAAUCAUUGAUGCAUUUUCUACCGAUAAUACCACAUCUAGCGGUGUCAAACAAAUAGUUGAUAUAGCUUUUGAUCAAUUAUCAAAAGAAGCUGGUGGAAUAUUGCUUAUGGGUGUUAUUAUUGCAUUCUUUGGUUCAUCUCGAUUGUUUGUUGCUAUUGAUAAAUGUAUGUGUAUUGUAUAUCGGGUACCUCAACGACCAUUUCUUCCUGAAAAUAUCUUAGCUUUUGGAGCAGUUUUUGUUUUCAUUAUAAUUAUUCCAAUAAUGCUUGCAUUUAGCUCAGCUCCAUAUAUAUUAAUAAGUAUAAUACCAGGUGGUAGUGGUCGUUUUGGAGCAUUUGUUGCUGGAAUUACAUUUUCAUUACUUUCAGCAUUUAUUUUAUUGGAACUUAUAUAUUUGUAUAUUCCAAAUAGAAAUAUGUCAUUUAAAGUUACAUGGUGUGGAGCAUUAGUUGCUGCUUGUACACUCGAAAUAUAUAUCAUUUUAUUUCCAUUGUAUGUACGACUAUUUAUGGGCAAUUAUACAGGUCAAAUUGGUUUUGCUGUGAUAUUUAUUUUAUUUUUAUAUUAUUUUGCUCUAAUAAUUAUUUUGGGUGCUCAAAUAAAUGCUUUCUUUUUUGACAAUUAUCAACCAUUAGUUCAUGGAUUAGGAACGUGUUUAAGUGAAGUUUAUGAAGGAUAUGGUAUUGACAAUCCAAACAGACCAUUAUGUGAAGAUGAUAUGGAAAUAAGAUCAUACAACAGUUGA